UCCAUAAGCAGAAGCCACAAGGCAGGCCCUGAGAUGGAAGCCAGGCUGCUGAGCACCGUCUGGGGACUCUUCCUGGUGUACGGGCUGCAGGCGGAGUCUACGAGGGUGGACCUAGUACCAGAGAAGAUUGCAGGAUUCUGGAAGGAAGUGGCUGUGACUUCGGACCAGAACCUGGUGCUGAAGGCUCAAAAGAGGGUAGAGGGUUUGUUCCUCACCUUCAGUGGGAGGAACAUCACCGUGAAGGCUGUGUAUAACAGCUCAGGAAGCUGUGUGACAGAAACAUCCAUGGGUUCGGAAAGAAACAUUGUGGGGGAAUUUGCUUUUCCUGGCCAGAGGAAGAUCUACGUGCUGGACACGGACUAUGAGCACUACGCCAUCCUGAAGUUGUCCCUGCUCUGGCAAGGCAGAAACUUCCAUGUGCUCAAGUAUUUCACCCGGAGUCUUGAGACUGAGGAUGAGCCAGGCUUCUGGAGGUUUUGGGAAAUGACAGCAGACCGAGGCCUUUACAUGCUGGCCCGACACGGGAGGUGUGCUGAGCUCUUGAAAGAGGGACUGGUCUGAAUAGCUUCUGCCCAGGCCUGCGGCUGCAGCCCCACCUACCUGGCCUCUCCUGCUCCUGCCUGAAGGGCCUCCUGCAUCUCCUUCAAAUAAACCCUGCUGCCAAAAGC